CCAUGAUAAAACUGGUUCAGCCCAAUGCACUGACCACUUCCUAUCAGUCACUGUGUUUUUUUACUGUAUACAUUAAAAACAACUUUUUACAUUCGUUGACUGCGAACAGCAUCGCCAAAUGCUCUUGUUUCACGUGAUGCCGGUUCGCAAACGCCUCAACCUCGAACCUGCAGAUCAAUAUCACCAGCCUGCAUGCAAUAGUACAGCAGUUCGCACACAUAUGCACUCCGAGCCUUAUCCACCGAACCAUAAUGCUGCUACUCCCGCUGCUGCAGCUCGGUAUAACAAACCGCCACUCACCUUGACAUCCGCGUAUACCCAGCGCCAGCAGCAGCCAGCCCGUGGAUAUCGCAAUCUAUUUUGCCAUGCUUCGUUUCUCAUUUCCCCUUUCCCUCUCCAUAUUCAAUUAUUCUCCGGCUGAGCCUGGACCCUCAUUCUAACCGUAUCCAAUCUACUGGAGCAAGCAACCACACUGAAAAGAAACGCCCCGUCUCUGCAGCCCUGACUCUUGUUUUUCUCUCUAUCCACAGGCGCACGCUGCCGUCCGCGGCCAAUGCUUGUCUCAAGUGGCGUAUUGCCAACUCCACUGCCAUGCGAAAACUAUUGACAGCCCUCCAUCUUCAGCUGCCCCCUGGACGCUGGCUGGAUUUAGCCGCGAUAAAGAACACCAGUGUUCGGGGCCGAAGGGGCACGCCACUGUGUGUGCUCCAGAAGCGUUCCAGAAGGACGUUUGGCGUGGCGCGCCCUAUUUUCCGGCUGUCUUGCUGUUUUGGGGAAGUGAGCCCCGGGUCCCGCGUCGUUUCCUUUCAAUGCUAUAGGCGAGGCGUUUCAGCAACGCCACGUCUACGCCCACUGUGAUUUUUUUUCAGGCUGGUGGCGGGACGAACUGCAGGACCACCCGAGGAUAUGUGUAUUCGUAUUUAUGCUGAGGGUAUCCCCCCCGGCGUGUGCCGUGAGGUUGGAGAGAUGCUUGUUCUUGUGAUGCUUGAUUUGGUGUUGCGCGCUUGUAUUCCCUAAGAAACGACUUCUCGCCCAUUGACUAUAUCUGCUCCACCCGACAACACAGAAAAUGGCACAUGAUAGAGGGCCACAGGUGCUCGGUGUGCUCAUCUCGCUGCUUGUGACAUCCGUGGUAACCGGCGCGCUCCGAUUCUACACACACGGCGUCAUUGUGCGGCGGUUUUUCGCCGAAGACUACUUGACGCUAGUAUCUCUGAUUCUUUAUGUUGUAUACACAGUCUGGGGCUGCUUGGCGGUCCAGUAUGGCCUUGGCCAGCACAAUGAGGAUGUAGCCCCGGAGAGUAGGCCGACGGCCAUCAUGUAUCGCUGGCUAGCGUCACUACUAUAUAUCGUCAUAUCACUGCUUACAAAAUGGAGCGUCGGCUUGUUUUUGCUGCGCAUCUGCCCGCGUAAGCGCUGGCGCCAUAUCACCAUCUGGACGAUCCUCGGCUUCGUCACAGUUUUCAGUAUAUUAUACUUUGUCUUUGACCUUAUCAGCUGCCAACCGAUAGAGUACGAGUGGACACGAUACAAUCCUGUCCCAGCUGAGGGCACCUGCAACGCGACAGGCUUUGCCACUGUCACGAUAUACAUUUCAUCGGUGCUCAACAUUAUUGCCGACUGGGUGCUUCCGGCACUGCCGGCAUCAUUAGUAUGGAAGUCGCAGAUGGAGCCGCGUGUUAAGGUGUCCGUCAUUGCGCUUUUAGCGCUGGGAUCCAUUGCGUCUAUAGCGACGAUUGUCCGUAUUCCGUAUGCCGACGGCAUUCUGGACAAUCCUAAUUAUCUGUACACUUCUACAGACAUUUGCAUCUGGAGUACAGUUGAGAUUGGUGUGGCACUGACUGCGACGUCGCUGGCCACACUGAAGCCGCUGCUGCGCAAGCUCCGACUGUUCAACCUCUCCGAGGUAAUGAGCUAUGGAUCAGCAAGCAAUAGACAGACGAGAGACCAAAAUGGAAACUCGACAAAGCGGGCAUCCCAUCACGUCAAGUCGUUUAGUCACGGCAACAACCUCGUGACGAUAUCGGCAAACCCACAGAUCAAAGAGAACUGGGGCAAGAAGAUUAUGAAGCGCGAAUCUAUGGAGCUGUCUCUAGUGCCUGCUAGCGACGUAGAAAGUAACAAAAGCCUUACAGAUAAGCGGUCCUGGCUGGAUAUGUAAGCAGCUGGUAGAGAUCACGGCCUCCUUCGACUAAAGCAACACGUUUACACUAUUCACAUUACAUACACAAUAUGAUUAUAAUUCCUGAACAUUCCAGCAUCCCG